UGAAUUUAAUCUGAAAAAAUGCAGGCUUUAAUGCCCGAACCUCAAAUUUAUGUUGAAAGAACCUUGGCAAUCAUCAAGCCAGAUAUUAUCAACAAAGAAGUAGAAAAUAGAAGAUAUAUUCUCAGAUCAGGAUUUACUAUUAAAAGAAAGCUCCAGCUAAGUCCAGAGCAAUGUAGCAACUUAGUAGAACAGUACGGGAAAAUGUUCUUUCCAAAUCUGACAGCUUACAUGAGUUCUGGACCUUUAGUUGUAAUGGUUCUUGCUCGGCAAAAGGCAAUCUCAUACUGGAAGGAACUUCUUGGACCCACAAGUAGUAUAGUAGCUAAGGAAACACAUCCUGACAGUUUAAGAGCAAUCUAUGGAACAGAUGAUCUGAGAAAUGGACUUCAUGGUAGUGCCAACUUUUCCUCAUCUGAAAGAGAAAUUUCUUUUCUUUUUUCCAGUAUUUGAUUGAACCAAUUUCCAGCUGGGCAAGCUGCUAAAGAUUACCUUAACUUAUAUGUCAUACCUACUCUACUGAAAGGACUUACAGCGCUGUCUAAGAGGAAACCAGCAGACCCUUUUAUAUGGCUGGCUGAUUGGCUAAUUGAAAAUAAUCCAAAUACACCUAAGUUGCGGCAGAAUGUGAUUGUGGAGGAACCUUAAGAGAAGAGGCUGCUAGUUAAAUCUUGACCAAUUUCCUGCAAGUAUCACAAGUUGUAAUUCUGAAAUCAUUUUUCUAUUGAGAAAUACUACUAACUGGAAUUUGCAGAUGGAAGAGUCAAUAUACAUAUUUGGAUCUUAAAUUAAUAAAGAAUAUUUGUUGCAAUUAAGGCAUAAAAAUAACAAGUGAAUUUAUUUGUCUAGUUCAGGUUU